AUGGAAAAAUUAAUAUCUGUUACUAUUAAUGGACGAAAUGAAACAGAUGAAACAGAAUAUGAAUAUUGGCAAUGUAACAUUACUUACACACGAUGUGAUGGUUUUUGGAAUUGUUUUAAUGAAGCUGAUGAAGUUGAUUGUUAUUCAUCAUCAUUAUCAUUUAAUUGUCCAUAUCAACAUCAUCACAUUUGUGUUUCACCUCAUACAAAUCAGUUUAUGUGUUUAACUCUUAGAAAAGCGCAUGAUGGUAAUAUUGAUUAUCUUGGUGAUAUUGAUGAACCUAAACUAUGUCGAUCAAAUGAUUAUCAAUCUAGCGACGAAAAUUUUCAGUGCAUCAGUGACACAGACGAACUUUGUAUUAAGCCCGAAGACUUGUGUUAUCAAAGUCAUUGUCAAGAUGGAACUGAUGAACAGUUUUGUGAUAAAAAUCGAGGUAUCACUCUAGACACUACUAUUUGUGAUAAACAGUAUGAAAGUGUUCGUUCUGAAGUUGAAAAUUUCUUUUGUACACGUCAAUUCGAUGCCAAUAAACCGACAGCGGUACAUUUUUCACUUGGUAAAUCAACGAACUCAGCUAAUCAAAUAACUCAACAACAUACAAAUGAAAUGAUCUUACAUUCAUCCACCAGACAAACAACUAUCCAACAGCAUCAGCAACGUUGUCAUCGUGGUCUUCCAUUACGAAUUUGGUUAAACAUUGAUCAAAACUUGACUAUUGCCUCAUGUCUUUGUCCACCUAGUUUUUAUGAUUGUCAAACUAAAUUUAAUAUUUAUUUACUUUAUUCAACUAGAUCAAAAAAUUUAACAAAAAAUGAUUUUAUUCAUAUUGAUAUUUAUGAAAAGAUUUCAUUUACAUAUCGAAAAAGUUUUUUAAUUCCACUUGAAUAUCCAUUACUACCUGUACAUCGUAUUGCUGUUCAACUUAAUAUUCCAUGUACAAAUGAUAGACAAGAAAAUUGUUUAAAUCAACCAUGUAUACAUGGUCAAUGUAUUAGAUAUUCAAAUAAUUCAAAUAAUGAUAGUUUUUGUCAAUGUUAUCGUGAAUGGACGGGAAAAUAUUGUACUAUUUCAUAUAGAUGUACAUGUUCAUCUGAUUCAUUAUGUAUUGAUAUAUCAUCAAAUAAUCGAUCGAUUUGUAUUUGUCCACUUCAUAAAUGGAGUUCUUAA